CUAUUUUCACUAAAAUGUUGUGUGGGAAAAAACUCUCGUACAAAAAAAUUGUGGCCCAAGGUAUUCUCUGUUCUCUGGGCCUUUUCUGCUUCUGCGAAUAUCUAAUAUAUUACGUGGUGUUAAUGCAGUGUCGAUGGCCUAAUUUGGAUCCUCGUAAAGCUGAUCCUGCUAUUACAGUAACAACUCCAGAAGAAAAGCCUGUUCAAGCAAUGUUCAUAGCUGACACACAUUUAUUGGGUCCUCGGAAAGGCCAUUGGCUAGAUAAGCUCAAAAGAGAAUGGCAAAUGUACAGAGCUUUCCAAACUGCUAUAACCCUCCACAAUCCUGAUGUUGUCUUCUUCCUGGGUGACAUUUUUGAUGAGGGCUCAUGGUGCGGAUCUAUGGAAUUUGAUAAUUAUGUCAAAAGAUUUCAUUCGAUGUUCUCUGUACCUGAAAACACCCGACUCUAUGUCGUUGCUGGAAAUCAUGACAUGGGUUUCCAUUAUGUUAUCACACCGUAUUUGAAUCAGCGAUUCGUGAAUGGAAUGAAAGCUCCCAAUGUUAGAAGAGUCACGAUAAGAGGAAAUCAUUUUGUUCUCUUGAAUAGUAUGGCUCUCGAAGGUGAUGGUUGUUUUCUCUGCCGAUCUACUGAGAUCGGAGUGAACAGGAUCGCCAAACAACUGAAAUGUGCUCAAGGGAUCGGAGGCCAUUGUACAGCCGAAAAUCCCAUAAGACACUACAGCAGACCCAUCAUUCUUCAGCAUUAUCCAAUGUAUCGCGAAUCCGAUGCGAUAUGUAACGAAGUGGAUGAAGCUCCGGCAGAAAUAAAAGACGUGAAAUUCCGUGAACAUUGGGAAUGUCUUUCGAAAGAGGCAUCGGAACAGCUUUUCGAGAUUUUGAAUCCACGCCUCGUGGUGGACGGUCACACGCAUCAUGGAUGUCGCAAGGUUCACGGCGAUGACAUUUUGGAAAUAACGAUACCUUCGUUCAGUUGGAGAAACAAAGAUAAUCCAUCUUUUCUGAUGGCCGUUUUUACUCCAAACAAUUACGCUUACUCGAAGUGUUACAUGCCCGUGGAAUCAACGGUACAUCAACUGUACGUCAUCGGGAUUAUUUGCAUUGUUAUCUUUCUCACAUACAAAAUCAGACAACAGAGAAGACGUCAUUGUUUCUUCAAGGUUCAUUGAUCUUGCCUGCUCUUAGAAAAUAUCUUAUAAACUCGAUCGUAGUGUACGAGUUAGAUCACACUUUGAAAUUUAGAUAGCUAACUUGAAAGUUUUCUCCCAUUUUUGUUUUUUGUAUACAACACUUUUCCGAUACGCCUUUUUUAUGUCAAAAUGAGAAAAAUUGUUUCUUGCCCCAAAAGAAUACUUUUUUUUAUUAAUAUUAGAUCAUUCACAAGAGUCUGAACAAUACUUGCCUUUAUUGUUACAAAUUGAAAACUUGUGCGGAAGAAAUUGAGAGUCUCUACUUUUUAUAGACUGGUCAAUUCCUUUUUUUAUUUUUUGAACGCAAUUCUGUUCUUUUUUGUUUCGUGUAGCUCAAUGACGUGCCUCGAUUAUUUCGAUGAUCAUAGAAUUACAAUUAAUGCACAAAACGCUUAUACAUAAUUAUAUAUUUCUCUCGUACUCUGAAAGUACAUUAUUUACAAAUUUUAUCAGCUUUUUGUAUAGUCGAAUAAAAGAAAAUAUUUUUUCGUA